GGCGGGAGCAAAAAGCACAGAGCCAGCGCUCCAGUUUCCCGUCUCAUAUCGAUGCUGCCGCCGCCACUGGGUCACUGCCAUGCCGCCUGUUAAUAAAAACCGACUCACAGCAGCCAGAAAGAAAUGAAGAAAUAAUAAUAAUAAUAAUAAUAAUAAUAAUAAUAAUAUAUAUAAACACUUCAGCGUUUCUGCUUUUCUUGACUCUUCAGAGAAGAUCCGCGCAAGCAAUGUAACACAUCAAAGCUUCGGGAUUUGGUAAAAAAGAAACGCGUUUUUUCCCACCUCUGAGGACCCCUCAUCAGGUGCUAUUGUCUGGUUCACCUUUCACCCAGCUGGUCCGCUGUCAUCCGGCCUUCUGGGCGCUUUCAUCCGCACAGGCGUCUGCGGCUUGUUGGUAAACACGAACCCGGCGGCAAGGACUCCCUCUGGUGCAUUGAUGCACCCGUUUCAGUGGUGUAACGGGUGCUUCUGUGGUCUGGGAGUGGUUUACUCUAACAAGUCGUGCACCAUGCCGCCCAUCACCUUCCAGGACCUGCCCCUCAACAUCUACAUGGUCAUCUUCGGGACAGGCAUCUUCGUCUUCAUCUUGAGCCUCAUCUUCUGCUGCUAUUUCAUCAGCAAGCUGCGCCACCAAGCACAGAGUGAACGCUUUGGAUACAGAGAGGUGGUGCUGAAAGGAGAUCCGAAAAAAUUAAAUCUUCAUGGGCAGACGUGCGCCGUGUGUCUGGAGGACUUUAAAGUGAAAGACGAGCUGGGGGUGUUACCAUGCCAACAUGCCUUCCACAGGAAGUGUCUUGUAAAAUGGCUGGAGGUGCGCUGUGUGUGCCCCAUGUGCAACAAGCCCAUAGCGGGUCCCCCGGAGCAGCAUCACAGCAUUGGGACGCUGCUUGAUGAACUGGUAUAGCCUUUGAAGUCCUGCCAGCCUGGGUGGGAGGCCGGUGCUCAGCCACAUCAUGACCAGCGAGAGCAGGGACACACCGCUGACACACAGCGAAGCACCAACACAGGGUAACCUAGAUACCACCUGGAGAAAAAACCCCUGAAGGUUGCUGCGAGAUUUUCCUCAGCCGCCCACACACCCCUCUGCCACUCUUCCUUCAGCAUCCCUCCCUCCCUGCACCCAUUCUUCCACAUCCUCGGCUGCUGCCUGCAACGAGGCUCCACCGAGGUGGAGGAGGCAGAUGUUUCACCGCCGCGUGGACCAAAAUGAGCGUUGACAGGAAGAAACGCACUUUGUCGAUGAGUCGCCUCUCCAGCCCUGCAUGUCAUCACGGUGGGCACAGGCAUGAAAUUAUAUCCGUACCCGCCGAAUCCCGCGUGGAAAAACAACAACACCAGCAGACAACGCCUUUCAGAUGAGGAGAUCUGAGGGGGAAUAAAAGCCACAUGCAGACAAAAAUCUGCAAAUUUUUGUCUGUAAGUCUGUAAAUUGUGAAACAAAAAACAUAAAAAGGACAGAUAGAAUAAGAGCAACGAACUUUUCUAAAGACUAAAUGUAAUCCCCUGUUGUUAAAAGGUAUUUAAAGAUUAUUUCAGUGUAAUUUGUGGGUCUAUAUGAUUAAUUUCCCUUUUUCCAAUGGGAAAAAGUCUUAAGCACACUGUCAAAAAA